UUUGUUCUCCACAGGGCUUGUCAUUCCUCCCCUCAUAAUGUUGGUUUGUUCUCCACAGGGCUGUCCGUCCUCUCCUCAUAAUGUUGGUUCUUUCUCCACAGGGAUGUCCAUCCUCCCCUCAUGCCUCCCUCAUCAGUUCCACUUCGUGAACUUGAAAAAGAACUGGACUGAAGCUCAGAGUAUCUGCAGACAGAACUACACUGACCUGGCCACCAUAGAUGAGGACAUGGCAGAUAUGAAGAAGCUCAGUAACACAGGAUCAGCUAGAUGGAGUGAAUCAGCCUGGAUAGGGCUGUAUAAAAACAUCUGGAGGUGGUCUCUGGGAGACAGAGAGUUAGAGGGGAACGGGUUUUGGGCACCAGGACAUCCAAAUAAUAAAAAUACCAAUGAGGUCUGUGUGUGGAUGUCGCAAGAUGGGUUGUGGCGUGAAGGCAAAUGUGACAAGGAAUGGUACUUUGUCUGCUAUGAUGACAAAAAUGCUACCAACAAGUUUAUUCUCAUCAAGUCAAAAAUACAUUUUGAUAUGGCUCAUAGCUACUGUCAGCAGACAAACCAGACAGACCUGGUCAGUGUGAGGAAUGCAACAGAGCGGGACGCAAUACUGGAGAAGGUGAAAACAGACCUAAUGCCAAUUGCCAGCACAGAGACAUACAGCGUGUGGAUCGGACUGCAUACAUUUCCUGGAGUCUGGAGGAAGUCUGACCAGAGUGUUUCCCCCUUCCAGAACUGGAAGAAAGGAGAACCASAGCUUCACGGAGAGUUCUGUGGUGAAGUUAAUUUCCCCUCUGGAGAGUGGAAUAGUCAGGGUUGUACCACCGAACUUCCUUUUAUCUGCUAUGACGAUGAACUGGUCCUGUCUUCAAGAACAAGACGUCUCAGAAGCCCUUGGCACUGCAGGGACCUGACCAUGGAGCUGUGUCUGCCCACAACCCAGAGCAAUCCAGCCAACUGGGUCCAACAGAGAGCCAAGAGCCGCCACCCCCUUCGUCUGGUGGCCUGA